CAGCCUCACACGCGGAGAGUUUCUCUGGCGAUGCCUUUUCUCCCGCUCUGAGUCCGACAGUCUCCGUUUCGAUCUAUCGUCCUUCUCCGCGCCGCAGCCAUGACGCGGGAAACUUAUCAUAAGCGCUCGCUCGGGACUCUAGCCAGACGAAUCAAAGAGGGGCGUGUGCUUCUCGUGGGUGCUGGCGGCAUCGGCUGCGAAUUGCUAAAGAACCUCCUCCUCUCCGGGUUUGGCGAAAUCCACAUUAUUGACCUUGACACAAUCGAUCUGAGCAACUUGAAUCGCCAAUUUCUAUUCCGCUUCGAACACAUAAAGAAGUCCAAAGCAUUGGUUGCAAAGGAAGUGGCCCACAAGUUCCAACCCGGUGCAAAGCUCGAAGCCUACCAUGCAAACAUCAAAGAUAGCCAGUUCAACGUUGACUGGUUUGCGACAUUCGAUGUGGUGUUUAACGCCUUAGAUAAUCUCGAUGCUCGCCGUCAUGUCAACAGAAUGUGCCUGGCAGCCAAUGUACCACUAGUCGAGAGUGGGACAACGGGAUUUAAUGGCCAAGUUCAGGUUAUCAAGAAGGGUGUCACGGAGUGUUAUGAUUGUAAUUCGAAGGAAGUUCCCAAGUCGUUCCCUGUCUGCACCAUCCGCAGCACUCCUAGCCAGCCAAUCCACUGCAUUGUCUGGGCUAAGAGCUACCUUUUGCCUGAGCUUUUCGGAAUUAGCGAGGACGAUUCGACUGACUUUGACCACUCAGAAGAUGCUGAAAAUUCGGAAGAGAUCGAGAAUUUGCGCAAAGAGGCACAGGCCCUCAAAGAUAUUCGCCAGUCCAUGGGCUCUGAUGAAUUUGCACAAAAGGUGUUCGAGAAGGUUUUCAGAGAGGAUAUUGAUCGGUUACGCGGAAUGGAGGACAUGUGGAAGACGCGGAUUCCUCCAGAGCCUCUGGACUUCAACAGCUUACAGGAAGAAUCUUCGAAUAUCGAGGCCGUGGUUUCACGCAACGACCAGAAAGUUUGGACUCUUGCCGAAGACUUCGUCGUCUUCAAGGACAGCUUAGAUCGGUUGAGUAAACGGCUCAAGACCUUGCAGGAGACCACUAAAAGCGAUGUGAAGCCCAUACUGGUCUUCGACAAGGAUGACGUUGACACUUUAGACUUCGUGACAGCUACUGCCAAUUUGCGGGCGAAAAUAUUCAGGAUCGAUCCAAAGUCUAAGUUCGACACGAAACAAAUGGCUGGCAAUAUCAUUCCGGCUAUCGCAACCACCAAUGCCAUGACGGCUGGUCUCUGUGUUCUGCAGGCAUACAAAGUGCUAAGGGGGGAAUACGAUCAGGCCAAAAUGGUCUUCCUCGAACGCUCAGGUGCCCGUGCGAUCAACUCGGAUGCUCUUCAGCCUCCAAAUCCCAAUUGCCCGGUGUGUUCCGUUGCCCACGGCAGGCUAAAGAUCGACCCCCAACGUGCUACAUUAAACGAUCUGGUCCAGGACAUUCUGCGGCUGCAGUUGGGGUAUGGUGAGGAGUUCUCUAUCGCUAGCGAACUGGGAACCAUCUAUGACCCGGAUCUGGAGGACAAUCUUCCUAAGAAACUGGUGGAUCUUGGUGUCAAAGAUGGGUGUUUUAUCACAGUUAUCGAUGAAGCGGAUGAUGAACCACGUGUCAACCUCGAACUCGUCGCUCUUGCGUCAGAUGUCUCGCAACCUUCCACGUCAGAAGACAAACCAGUUUCUUUGAACACCAUUCCUGACAUACCCCGAAAGCCGAAGGCACCCUCACCUGUUGCUGCUACCGAGGCGACCAAUGGAAUCGGCAAGCGGAAGCGCGAUGCGGACGAAGCCGGGUUUAGCAACGGCGACAAUCCGGCCAAGCGUGUAGCUGCCAUGUCCAUCGCAGACGGUGAUGGGGACAACCCCAUUGUCUUGGACGAUGGGAUCGGAGGGGCCAUCGUCAUUGACGAUGACUGAAUUUAAUGAUACCAGGUAGACCCGGGCUCGACAUCUCGUCCAGGCUUCGCCAUUUUCAUGCUCUAUUGGUUUGCAGAUCUGGCGCAAAAUUGGGGGUUUCUCAGAGUAAACAGUCCUUUUAUUUCCAUGUAAAAUUAUUUAGGCUACGUGCAUGCACACGGCAUCUCCGAUAGAAUGGAUGAGACCAAACACCUUUUAUUUCCGAUCUUAUAUGCCUCUAUCUCGUUUUCAAGGUGUGUUUGUGUUACGAGUAUUCCAACUAGAAUGUGAGGGCCUGCGAAGACGACCAAACUCUAUAGUACCGCAUCAAACAGAAUCCCCUGUGUCGCUAUCA